CAUUGGCUUCCUCAGUGUCCUUGGAUUGGUGCCCUCAUCAAACUCCUUUCAGACAACACCAGGUCAUCUGCUGAACUUUGGGCACCAGAAAGGAAAGGUCAGGAAACACUUGAGCCAAACCUGUUGACAUGCGUGAAUCUAAUCCAAUAAGGAUGGAGGGCUGAGUCCCGUGGAGCCAAUGGCCAAACUCCGAGGGGCGGUGGAGGCGGACUCCGCGAGGAAACAAGAAGACAGGCCCAAGAUGGAGGCGGCGGCGGCCGUAGCGGCGUGACAGACUAUCAUCAUUGGGCCUCUGAAUUCCUCCUCUGUCUUCUAGGAGCCCCAUGGCACCUGCCCAGCCCCACCUUAGCCCGUCUUGACAAAGUCCUAGGCUCCAUGGAGCCAUCGCGGGGCCCCCCUGCCAACGGGGCCGAGCCGUCCCGGGCAGUGGGCACCGUCAAAGUGUACCUGCCCAACAAGCAACGCACGGUGGUGACUGUCCGGGAUGGCAUGAGUGUUUACGACUCUCUAGACAAGGCCCUCAAGGUGCGGGGUCUCAAUCAGGAUUGCUGUGUGGUCUACCGGCUCAUCAAGGGGCGAAAGACAGUCACUGCCUGGGACACGGCCAUUGCCCCCCUGGAUGGCGAGGAGCUCAUCGUGGAGGUCCUCGAAGACGUCCCGCUGACCAUGCACAAUUUUGUACGGAAGACGUUCUUCAGCCUGGCAUUUUGUGACUUCUGCCGUAAGUUUCUGUUCCAUGGCUUCCGCUGCCAAACCUGUGGAUACAAGUUCCACCAGCAUUGUUCCUCCAAGGUCCCCACAGUCUGUGUCGACAUGAGUACCAACCGCCAACAGUUCUACCACAGUGUCCAGGAUUUGUCCGGAGGCUCCAGACAGCAUGAGACUCCCUCGAGCCGCCCCCUGAAUGAGCCGCUAACCCCUCAGGGUCCCAGCCUUUCCCCCGCCAGCUCCUGCUCCCAGCACCGCGACCCCGAGCACUUCCCCUUCCCUGCCCCGGCCAACGCUCCCCUCCAGCGCAUCCGCUCCACGUCCACCCCCAACGUCCAUAUGGUCAGCACCACAGCCCCCAUGGACUCCAGCCUCAUCCAGCUCACUGCCCAGAGUUUCAACACCGAUGCUGCUGGUAAUAGAGGUGGUGGCGAUGGAGCUCCCCGGGGGAGCCCUGGCCCGGCCAGCGUGUCCUCGGGGAGGAAGUCCCCACAUUCCAAGUCCCCUUCAGAGCAGCGGGAACGGAAACCCUUGGCCGACGACAAGAAGAAAGUGAAGAAUCUCGGGUACCGGGACUCGGGCUAUUACUGGGAGGUGCCACCCAGUGAGGUGCAGCUGCUGAAGAGGAUCGGGACGGGCUCGUUUGGCACCGUGUUUCGCGGGCGGUGGCAUGGUGAUGUGGCCGUGAAGGUGCUCAAGGUGGCCCAACCCACAGCUGAGCAGGCCCAGGCCUUCAAGAACGAGAUGCAGGUGCUCAGGAAGACCCGGCACGUCAACAUCUUGCUGUUCAUGGGCUUCAUGACCCGGCCGGGAUUUGCCAUCAUCACACAGUGGUGCGAGGGCUCCAGUCUCUACCACCACCUGCAUGUGGCCGACACGCGCUUCGACAUGGUCCAGCUCAUUGAUGUGGCCCGGCAGACGGCCCAGGGCAUGGACUACCUCCAUGCCAAGAACAUCAUCCACCGAGAUCUCAAGUCUAACAACAUCUUCCUACAUGAGGGGCUCACGGUGAAGAUCGGGGACUUUGGCUUGGCCACAGUGAAGACGCGGUGGAGCGGGGCCCAGCCCUUGGAGCAGCCCUCGGGCUCGGUGCUGUGGAUGGCGGCUGAGGUGAUCCGUAUGCAGGACCCAAACCCCUACAGCUUCCAGUCGGAUGUCUACGCCUAUGGGGUUGUGCUCUACGAGCUCAUGACCGGCUCACUGCCUUACAGCCACAUUGGCAGCCGUGACCAGAUUAUCUUUAUGGUGGGCCGUGGCUAUCUGUCCCCGGACCUCAGCAAAAUCUCCAGCAACUGCCCCAAGGCCAUGCGGCGCCUCCUGUCUGAUUGCCUCAAGUUCCAACGGGAGGAGCGGCCUCUCUUCCCCCAGAUCCUGGCCACGAUUGAGCUGCUGCAGCGGUCACUCCCCAAGAUUGAGCGGAGUGCCUCCGAACCCUCCUUGCACCGUACCCAGGCUGAUGAGUUGCCUGCCUGCCUACUCAGCGCAGCCCGCCUUGUGCCUUAGGCCCCACCCCCAGCCACCAGGGAGCCAAUCUCAGCCUGCCACGCCAAGGAGCCCUGCCCACCAACCAAUCAAUGUUCUGUCUCUGCCCUGAUACUGCCUCAGGAUCCCCCAUCCCUGCCCUGGGAGAUGAGAGGUUCCCUGUGUACUUUUUCAGUUCUUCUGGAAUUGGGGGACCCCCAAAGCUGGAGACCCCUGCCUCCUCCAUAGUUUGGUUUCCUCUUGGCUUUGGGGAUACUUCUAAAUUCAGGAGCUCCGCCAUCUCCAAUGGCUGGGAUUUGUGGCAGGGAUUCCACUCAUAACCUCUCUGGAAAUUUGUGCCUGAUGUGCCUUCCACUGGAUUUUGGGGUCCCCAGCACCCCAUGUGGAUUUGGGGGUCCCCUGUGUUUCCCCCACCGUUCAAGGACUCCCUUCUUUCUUCACCAAGAAGCACAGAAUUCUGCUGG